UCCAUUAACAUAUACCCUUCUGAAACUAAAGACAUAGACAAUGCCCCACGAAGCGAAACAACUGAAAGUACUGCAAAAAUGUACAAAGUGUCAGCCAUGAGACGAAUAUUUGAUUUGGCAAAACUUCGAACAAAAAGAUCAACACUUUUCCCAACUGGGAUUAAUGUCUGUCCACAGGAAUCCAUGAGACAGAUUUUAGACAGUCUUGAAGCUUAUUAUAGACUGAGAGUGUGUCAGGAAGCAGUGUGGGAAGCAUAUCGGAUCUUUCUGGAUCGCAUCCCUGACACAGGGGAAUACCAGCACUGGGUCAGCCUCUGCCAGCAGGAGACCUUCUGCCUCUUUGACAUCGGGAAAAACUUCAGCAACUCCAAGGAGCACCUGGAUCGUCUUGAGCAGAGAAUAAAACAGAGAAGCUUCCCUGAAAGAAAAGAUGAAAUAUCUAUCGAGGAGACCCUGGCAGAACCUGCUGAAAUGCCUGUGUUUUCUACAGAUGUCUCCAAUGUCUCACUCGAGCCCUUCCCUCGCAUUCCUGAUGACACACACCAAAAUGAAAUUCUCAAUGAUACUUUCAAAGACACCGAGAAGCUUACAACAGAAAGAGAAAAAGAAUUCACUAAUAUGUCUGAGGGCCCACUGGACCAGAAGGUGGAGUUCAGCAUCUCUCUGCCACACCAGAGGUUCAAGGCAGAGCUUGCUGACUCCAGGUCUCCAUACUACCAGGAGCUGGCAGGAAAGUCACAAGUGCAGUUGCAAAAGGUAUUUAAGAAACUUCCAGGAUUCAAAGAAAUCCAUGUGUUAGGAUUUAGACCAAAGAAAGAAACAGAUGGUUCAAAUUCCAUUGCAAUACGCCUGACAGCCAUCUUUAAGAGAGAUAGCACAGAAGCAAAAAGCCCUGCAAGUGACCUCCUGUCUUUUGAUUCCAACAAAAUUGAAGUUGAAGGAGUCCAUCAUGGAGACACAGAGGACAACAAACAACCGGAAAUGUACCUCAGAGGUGUGGACUUCAAAAAGCUGAUCAGCGGGGUACUAGAAGAAGACCAGUCCUUGGAUGUGAGAACAAUUCAGUUCAGAGAUGAAAUUGGGUCAUCACCAACCUCUGAACUUGACACCCAGUCAGAGCUGCCUAAGUCUCCUGCUGACAUCACAAAGGAUGCUGCUUUGAGUUCAGGACUUUCUCUUAGUGAACCCAGGCUUGAGACAGUGGACAGAGAAGGACCUGGCCUACCUG